AUGGAUAUCUCUGGCUCAGAGUCACUUACAUACCACAUGAGCACAGCGCUUCUCGAUACCCGUCCCAUCAUUAUAUCCGGCCCCUCUGGUGUUGGCAAGGGUACAUUAAUCCAGAGACUGAAGGACAAUCACCCAACCAUCUUCUCCUCCGCUGUCUCACACACAACACGCCGGCCGCGACCAGGAGAGGUUGAGGGAGUUUCCUACUUCUUCUGCUCCGCGCCAGAGUUUCACAGCAUGAAAAUGCGGAAGGAGUUCGUCGAGCACACUUAUUUCAGCGGCAACUUCUAUGGCACAAGCAGGAAAGCCAUGGCUGAGGUGAUGAAGGAGGGUCUGGCUCCCAUCUUGGAUAUCAAGAUGGAGGGCGUAAAGAAGAUACAGUCUUCAGAUUUGGUUGCUCGCUAUGUCUUCCUCAAGCCCCCGAGUCUAGAAAUACUCGAAGCCAGACUCCGCGCCCGUCGAACAGAAGAUGAGGCGAGUAUCUCUCAGCGUGUGGCACAAGCCAAGCUAGAGCUUGAGUUUGCGGAGACUGGAGUGCACGAUAUCAUCAUCGUCAACGACGAUCUUGAUGAAGCGUAUCAGCAGCUGGAGGACUUUGUCUUUCCGCGUCGAAUCUUUAGUUAG